AUGAUCGUCGGAUUGAUGUUAAUGUCAAUCAUUACUGCCCAGGUCUCCUCGACCAUCACCUCUGAAAACCUGCGCUCCUUGGAUGAAGAGUUUGGCAAAAAGGUACAAUAGCCACUUAAGAAUUUAUAUAUUUUUAAAAGCUUUAACAAGGAAACGAAGAAACUCUAAGUCAUAUCGGCAAAGCCCGAUACAGCCUACAAACACUAGUUGAAUGAUCAGAUUGCUUCUUUUUAUAUGUUUUUUUCUAAGCGGUAUACGUGGUGUUUUAACCAUCGGACGUAAAAUUCACCCCAACCCCCCCCCCUGGUUCCGGGGGGGGGGGGAUUUCGAAACGAUUUUGCCUUCAGUGGAAAGCCUUUGAUCCUCUCAACAAGGUGAGGUAUAUUUUAUGGGUGGUGGCGCUGAUAGAGACCGCCAUCUUGGAUUUUACCAAGAAUUAGAAAUCAGGUUAAAAUCCCGAGAAAUGGUAAUUUUUUGUACUUGACAUGUAAAAUAACACAUGAAUAAGCACUUUGCAUCAUUUUGUUCGCAAGUUUUGCUCUUAGUAUUGAAAAUAGUUGAAAAAACAUACAUUUUCACUCAAAAAUGGCUUGAUCACCUACGAAUUACUGAAAUGGGCAGGUGCUGAUGUUUUCUGUCAGAGAGGGGGCAACCACCCCUUGUUGUACGUCCGAGCCGAGGAUUAACACACCAGAAGACACCAAGUCGGAAACAAAGCUAACAUGCUUUCUUUACUCUUUCUUCAUCGCUUAACUUUCAAUUCUCGGAUGCAAGUACGAAGUACACCAUAAUCUUUCCAAUUCUUCCGGGAAGCAAGCUUGACGACUCCCUAAAGCAAAACAUCCAAUGAAUUAAUGAAACUAUAUAUACUACAGACGGUUUUGGAAAAUGUGUCAGCACUGAAAAUUUUAACAAGAACAAUAAAAAAACUGAUAUUUGCCUUUCGAAGUUGACCGGCGUUCAAAACAAACCCGUUGUUCAGCUGCUGACAAAGUGUACGGGAAUCGAAAAAUAACGAAGAGGAGGCACAUCUCAUAGAUCAAGUAUUUUUUUUUUGCAUUUUGUUCCACAUUGUUUAAGGUGAUGAGUACAAUGUUUAUUUUCAACCGUUGUCAUGUUCACGAAAUGGCAGUUUUCAUUUAGAGCACAGUACGAUUGAGAGCACAUUUCAUAGAAUUUAAGGUUUAAUUGUUAUACUUGAAGACAAAAUGCCAAAGUGUGAGAGAGAAAGACUAGCACUAUGUGUUACAAGGCGAUAGGCUACUUGCACUAAGAGGUCACGUGACCAAUGCUUCCUUUAAACAAUGAGUCGGAAUCUUGGUGAUGCUAAAAAUUGACAGAGCACAUAAAAAUUACCUUACACCCGAAAUUUGAGAGGAAACGCAUUUAAGGGAGACAUUUUAUGGCACUUUGAUUUUUCAACAAAGUAGUAUGAUUUGUAUUUGCCGCCAAGUUGGAGGGCAUACUCUUGCCCUCCAACAUGGCGGCCAAAACUACUUUUUGCUUAUAUCUUGUUGAACGUUUGAUAGUUACUCUCAGAUAUCCUGUAAACGUUACCACAUCAACUUUUCAACAUUUUCCUUGACGUUUAAGUGCAAAAUUUGUGUUCAGAAAGAGGUAAUUCAUAUUUUUAAAAAUCACAUUUUGGUCGAGUGACCAGCUACGAACUGACUCAAUUUAAGAAAAUGGUGCGGGUUUGAAAAACCAGAUCACUAUUAUUACAUUAUUUUGUUUAAGAUGUGACCCACUAAUCGUUUUUCGAAGGCAAAAUCAACUUUCAUUUUCAUAAAAACGUUGUCACAUGACCUUUUAGUUCAAAUGGCAUAUUUGUGAACGACAAACAAAGGAUUCGCCCCAUGUAAGGGAAUCCAAGAGGAUCCUGGAUUUUGGAUUCCAUACGGUGGAUUCCUGAUUCCAGGUACUGGAUUCCAGUCUUUGUCAGUGAAACUAGGAUUCUGGAUUCCAAGGCUAGCGUUUAAGUGGGAAUACAGAUUCCUUGAGCUGUAUUCCGGAUUCCACAAGCACUUUUUUUCGGAUUCCGAAUUCCAUAGACCAAAAUUUCCUGGAUUCCAAAAUCCGGUUGCCCUUACAAAAAGAUUCCUCUCCAUCAGCCUCAGGGAGUGCAGCACCAUUGUUUUUAUCUUUGACGUUUACUCAGCCCAAAAAGGUUAGUUUUCUGUUCCUUCAGCUAUUCCUUUAUUAUUGAUGUAUUGAUAUCUAAAUAUGCUCUUCGUAAUGCUGCAUAAUUAUUCUAAAAAAAUUGAAAAGGAAAAUUCGCAUUUGACGGGUCCAGAGUGAUACUUUCCAGGUUCAUUAAUCACAGUUUAGCCAUUUCGUGAACACCUAGUUUUUGUUUGACUCUUUAUUUUCUGACUAUCUACAGUUUCAAUCUCUUUGCUCGUUCGCAGCUUUAUCAUUUAAAGAUUUCCUUCCUAGAUUGGAGUUCCAAAGGGAAGCAAAGAAUUUUUUACGAAAAGCAGCUUUGAAGCUCAUUCAGUGACUGGUAAAUAUACUUUUUUCUAAUGAUUUCUUGUAUAAGUUUUUAAUCUAAUUUAGUUUGUGUAUAUAAGGAAAAAUUAAACUUAAAAACGUUACUCAACGUUUCGAUGUUUCAAACACCGUUAUCAAAAGUGAGAAAUGUUAAGUUUCAAAGUUGUUUAAAGAGCUGAAGUUUGAAUCAAUUAGACUGUAUUCGUGCAUGCUUCAUUGUUCUGUACGUUUUUUUUUCAAUAAAAGUUUAACAAUAGGUGCAGUUGAACGGGACACUUUUACCGUGGUAAAUUACCGCCUUUUACGGCGGAAAAUUGGCGUGGUGCGUGUGACGGGACUGUCCCGAGAUAAAUUUACCUUGGGAAAUAUCCAUGGUUACGUCAAAAAGAAGAAAGAAACUGCCCAUGACAUUUAACGUGGUGAAUAGCUGGUGUCUUUCGAUACCCAAGCCAAACAGAGCCAAUCAGGUUUCCUCAUUUAACACCAACAUGAAACCGCAAAAAAAUAGAAUUUGUUUUUCGACCUUUUUGGCUAAUUUUACCUCUUUGAGCUAUUUUGAAAAAAUAGCUCAUUUGUCAGUGUGGUCGGAGUGUAUGUAUCUUUGUGGCUGUGUGUGUUAUGAUGAGUGUUGCAGGGGCCAAUAAGGUUGAAAGUACUAUGAUUUUGAUGCUAGGAACCAAUGAGAUCUUGCGUCUAAACCAUGACAUUGCCAAAAGCCAAACAAGGGCACUUUGAGACUGCCAUCUUGGUUCUUCACAAUUGUUAUUUUUUCGUCUUCUAUUACGGCUAAAGGAGUUUAGAAGCAUAACAUAUACAUAUUGAUCUUCAUGUUUUAAACACUAAGCACAGUGAUGGAGCUGUUUAGGGGGUUCGUGUUUUUGUGUGGGUGUUGCUUCAAGACAUUUCUUUGCAAGAAGGUUGCUCAUGCUCAUGUUUUUAGAUGAAUUGUUUUACCGAAACUAACGUGCGGUCUUCCUGUAUACUCCUCCUCAGUAACUGAAUUAACAACGGUCCAGAAUUUUCUACAGCGUUGCUUUAAACGCAGCUAUAUUUCGUACCAAAAUGACAUAUAUGACGUAUAAGAAGAGGUAGAUAGCUCACUGUUCAAGAAGAUCUCCAGUAUGCCCAGUCAUCCUCAGUCUCUACCCUUCCCUCCUCAAAACGAAAGAAAGUUCAGCUCGCCUCCGAGUUCCUAGCAGUCAACUCCCUAGGGUUAAUACUUAGCGUUUUAGAAGUAGUUUUUUUUAAUAGGCUAUUUUUCAAAUAUAAAGUACCUAUUUAAUGUAAUGUGGAUCUUGAAUGUUAAAUUCAAUGCUUCGACGGGGAAUUUUUUUAAGCCUUCUAAUUCUUUCUGCUAUUUUUAAUGUAAGUGUUCUUGGUUUUAGCAUGUAUUUUUGCUUAAAAAACAAUAAAGACGCAUAUUUAUUUAUUUAUUUAUUUAUCUCUGACCUAAUUUGGCUAUCGCGAACGGUACAACGCACGUAUUUCAUAAUUUAUGAGUUCUGUUUCACCUGCUUCAAGUAGAGUAUAAAAGAACAGUUUUUCAAAGAUCUUCAAAUGAAACGUUAAUAAUUGAUAUUUAGAUAUGGACUUUAGUUCGGAAGUAUGCGGCCUAUAAUUUGUGGUUUUAGAAGUUUGAAAAGCAGCUUAUUUUUUUUGAAAGCUGUACCGAGUAGUUAAUCCUGUAAACAAGCUUUAUUCUCUCGCUUAAAGAGUUCAACAGACAUUUUUCGUCCCGGCAAACGUGAAUUAAGUGAACAACAUGAUACAUGCUUGCUUCCUAAGAGUCAUUACAGUUAUUGAAACGUAUUUUUAACUUAAGUAAAAACAAUUAGCGUUAGGGAAUAAAAUAGGGUUUUCCGAUUUAGCGGAAGUUCUUCGGAAGUGGAAGUAGCCAGUUACAAAUGAGUUAAAUUUCUAACCUUUCUGUACGUGAAAUUCGUUUAACGCCGACUACUGUAAGUAAAUUGCUGGGUUGUUUACAACUUGCACUUCACGAAACCAACUGCGGCGCUCAACUUUAUAUUAUUCUUGCAAAGUUACAUAUAAUUCGACUCACCAAGAAAAUCAGGAUUCAAGGAAGUAAUUUCCAUGGUCAACUCUUUAGAGUCUGAGGCUGAAGAAGGCGAGAAAAAAAAUGGAAUAUUCCUCUUCAGCUCCCAACAAAUCACAGCACGUAAAUACGUGGUAAAACGUAGCAAAAAUCCCAAUAGACUGUGAAAUUCGGGCUUUUCACUCUCAGAGGCAAAGGUGUUGAAGUAUGGAAAGCGAUAAUAUUUCUAAUGUUGGGUCUUUAUACGGAACGUAGGAAGAAGGUUUUCACCGUAUUCUUUCUACCAUCAAAACUAAGCAGGCACUCAGCCUAAUUUGUUUAAACCUUCAUUUUGAAAUAGCUUUAAAAGUGUGUUGUUUCAAAGAAUAAGCAUGUAACAUAUGUGCUGCUUUGUUAUUCUUUUGCUAUUCAAUAAGUUGUCAUAUAUGAGGGUUUCUUCUGCAUCCCGCAACUUAGUGGGAACUUUGUGGAUUGCACCAAUUGUGUGUUUCCACUUGACCUCAUGGCGGCCAUAUUUGUGUCCCAAAACAAUGAAACGGCGGCCAUGUUUGUGUCCCAAACCAGUCCUGUGGGAGUUGAACUCUUUUCUUAUGUAAACGCUCUCUUUUGUUCCAAUAAAUUUGAAUAGAUGCGGGCCACGUGAGUGAAAAAACAGAAUAACUAUGAUUGCACAUUCUGCAGUUUGUAUAAAUUUAUUGAGCUUUUGCCAUAGUUUUCAACCCUCACCCUAACCCACAAAAUGCGCAGAGUCGAAUAGAUAUCCACAAGUAGACGAAAUUGCGAGAUACGAUCGCGAUGCCUGAAGACUUCCCACCGUUUUUCCCAGUUUGUAGGAGAGGAGAAAUACAAUGUUGUUCCUUUUCUGUUUAUAAAUUAUCUCAAUCGAUGAGGACAAUGAAGACAAUGAAAAAGAUUCUUAUUUACGUUUGACGUAGCAAAUAUAGAAAUAACCUGCGAUCAGGCCUGCCAAAUUAAAGAAAAUGGAAAAGUCUAAGGACCACCUGAUCGCAGGUUAAUGAAGAAAAAUCAGAUAUCGUGAGAGAUAAACAUUCCCCCUGCCCAGGAUAUCAUCCAGUAAACAAAAGCAGAAUUGUUUACUUUUUCCUUGUUAGCGUAUAUGCUUUAUCUUUUUUAAACGACUUUUAAAAACCGUUAGCACCGAGGGUGACUUCAUUUGCAGCAUAUGCGUAUCGGCCAAAUGCGACUGCUAGACGCAAAUACUGCAAAUGAGUCCCCUUGUUUUUAAAAAAAUUUACCAAGCAUGUUUGUGUUCAUGUAUCCUUUUACGAGCAAGAUAUUUUUCAUAAACAAUGACAUCAUGUAAAGAUUUACUUAUAACGAAAAAAAAAUCGAGAUUACCUUUUACAGUAUAGUCACCAAUUUCACAUCUCGGAAAAAUGGCUCAAACUUCCGCUAAAUCGGAAAACCCUAAUUGCAAGAAGCUAGUUGACAAAAAUGAUUACAUAUUGUUCAAUUGAGCGGAAUAACAUGAGAUGAGUAGGAAUAUAUUUCAGCAGUUUGAUAAUUUUCUUGGAAGUAAAUAAAUGUUAGGCUAUCAGCCUUAACCUUACAUGAAGCAUCAUUUAAUUGCAGAUGUUGUAAAGCCGAGGUGAUUUCUUAAAAUCAUUUGAGCAAAUUUGCUAGUAAACAAUUUGCGUUCUUUUACUAACGAAUCGUAAAAGAGACAAAGUCCAACAUCUUCACGUGCAAAUUGUGUGCAUGAGUUAUUUUUAUAAUCCUGCUUACUAGAUUACUUGACAAUUAAUGAAUGAGGCUGAGUAUCUUGUGAAGAAUUAUGGAGGUCGAGGAGGGCGAGAUCUUCAUAAUUCUUCAUAAGAUACGAAACCCAAAUUCAACAAUUGUUUUAUUAUUCAUUCAAAACGAUCCCUAGUUUAAAAACAUAGCUAAAACAUGCUUACCUCCAACAAUGUUUAUUUCAUCUUCGAUAGUGCACGUUUAGGGUUUAGCUGUUUAGCUGUUGUUCAGCUCCGCAAAUAUUCUCCAAAUAGCAGAUGAGCAGAUGUCGCCCUUCGAGUUGCUUUCAUAGUGUUCUUGCCAUGUUUCUAGCUAUUAUUUCGCCUAGUUCUUACUCUUGAAACGAGUGAAAUGUCCGCCAUUUUUGUUUUCACUACCAAAGCAACUCAACCUCGUCCCUAGGUCUUCUCGGUUAACGGUGCAGUAAGCUGCAAGAAAGCUGCACUUUUGACGUCAUCGCUUCAUUAAACGCAAAAUUCUUCCAAAUUUGGUCAUCAGUAGCUGGUUAUGGUGAAUUAUGCUUCCGCUUUUAGCCAAUCAGAAUCGGGGAAAUAUUUUGAAUGAAUAAUGUGUAAUAACUCGAAUUCCCUCACGUACGAACCACGAAAGGGGCAAACUUUGUGACUGUACAUCUCAUGCAGACUGGCUUUUCACAGUAAUAACUGUAACUUGAAUCGAACGUAUGAAGAUAUUUUUAGUUUUGUAACUAGCGCCUUAAGUUAAAAGGCUUUUUUCUUUUAAGAAGCAAUAACAUAUACCACUUGUAGAGUCAAGACGUCCGGGCUAAAGACUGUUUAAUUAAGCAGAAUCGCACGUGACAACCUCGUAAAUAAUGAUGAUGCAACUAUCUACAACAAUGAUGAAAAUCGUGACAUUUCUCAGUUAUUUGGUCUUCGGCAAUUCAAGCUUCAUUAUUUCAUUCGAAACCAUAAAAGAAACCUUGAAAUCCUCGAGUCUUCCCACUAAGCAACGCCUGGUGAGUUGAUAUUAAUAUUCAUAGUACUUUAACAAUUUGUUUAUUUUGCUACCAGAUGUCCGAAGGAAAGACUAUUAACAAAAAGUCAAUCUAUAUAGUAUGAGGAUCGGCUCAGCUGUGCGUAGCGUUUCGCGUUUUCGUUAAUGUACAGCAAUACCCAAUUUCGCACAAAAAAUGGUCAAAAUUAGGAUUAAAACAGUAGAUUGUUGAUACGGUUACAUUAAAGCAUCCAAAAUAGCUCAUGGACGUUAAACGUGCCUAUGUUUAAUUAAGGUGGGCCUAUUAAUAUAGGUAUCUUCUGAAUUCAAAAUAUCAAAAAGUAAUUUGCGGAGUGUUUGUUUUGAAUUUAUUCUUAGCAUGAUGUCGGGUGUGACAUGGUUUUCAUUGUCAAAAAGAAAAACAAUGUGCUGUAUAGUAGCUAAUAUAAUUUUGUGUAUGGUAAUAUAAAGUCUGGUGCUCGAAAAGAACCUCAAAGGGAUUGAUAUGGGGAUCCAUUGGCUCUGACGAGCUAAAAAUACGUACACAUAAAGCCUUAAAGCACCCUUAAUCUCGCUCGACGAUAGAAAAGAAUCUUUAAAAUUCAUUAAAAUUCAUUACACCACUGGACGUUUCAUCCAAUUACACUGGUUUUUUAUGACGAUAAAGGGAUCUUACCAACGCUAAAGAUAUGAAAUUGGAACAGAAUAUCCCUGAGAAAUUCUUUGCUCGCCAUUUUGAAAGUCAAUGACGCGAAAACUGACGUUAUAUACUGGCACGAGGACUGCAUCACCGAUUUUCUUGGAGAUACUUUCCCCCUGAUUAUGACAAAAACAUCGUAUAUUUAUUGUUUAGAAAAAACUAUAACUAGCAGAAACACAUUCAUUUUCUUAUCUUGUUUGAAUGUGCUUUUUUCAUUUGUGCAUUUUCACUCUAUGUAGAAUAUUCCACAGAAAAGGAUCUUUUAGAGAGCCUUGAAAAUGGAAUUGUGGACCAGAUCUGGCUGUUUGAGUGCAACGCUAAGCCAAACUUCUCGCUCAUGGUUGUAAAAGUGCAUAAUGAAGCACCAGAUAUCGGGGUACAAAUAACG